AAUCUCUGCAAAGGGGGUGGAGGUUGCCUUUGGGGUGUCGAAGCGGGUCCCAUGAAUUGGGGAUGGCGCUGUGUACAGUGUAAGCGAGUUAGCAGCCAAAAGUUUGCAGAGCGCAGGCAGGAAAGUUCGCUGGAGAGGCGACCCGUGAUCCCAAGUUCUUCUGUCAUAUUACCUACGGAUUUCCAUUGCAAACAUGCGAACUACAGACUUCUGUGCUGUUUCGUGGGUAUUUUGAGGAAAUUUCUCCCCGUCCUUGAAAGAUAACAGUUAACGGUUUGCUGCCUUCGCUGGACGCUGUAGUGUCAAUGGACUAUAGUCUAUCUUAUGAUUCAGUGAGUAACUUUGACUAAAAUUGAUUGUAUGAUUUCCUGACCUGCAGAUAAGUGUGGACCGUAAGCAUGACUUAAAUGUUGACGUUAUGCCAUGUAGCCUAGUCUUGGGUGUUUAAAAACAAUGAACUCCCCCCGUGACAAGGAACUGGCACCCUUAUCUCGGAAACACCGACUCAUGGCUGCAGCUAUGCCCAGUGAGGACAACCCAUUGCCCGGUAACAUUUCACGGAGUGAUCGGAAUGGAUUAGGCGGACUGGUUCACUGUUUCAUAUGUGGAAGCGGAGUUACACCAGGGAAGGAAUUAAGGUUACAAGUGACAUAUCAAAAAGAGAGGGUUCCAUUUUUCCCGUUUCUACAAAAUCAGGAGCCAGCUCCGGGUGCGUGUGAAGUGAGCCCGGAUGGACAUACGCUGGUGUGCGCUGUGUGCCACUGCUUUCUGACGGAGCAGUGGAACUCCUUCGAGCGAAGCAGGACGCCCAUUGAGAAGCGCAUGUACUGGUUGAAACGGCCCUACCAGUGCGACUCACGGCGCGUCCCACAGGAGUGGAACAUCUCUUACGAUCUGGAGAGGAGAAUCAGUGUCAGCAGCCAGAACUACGACGGGGGCGCAGAAUCUGAUUUCUCGUCUUUUUCUGAAAACGAGAACAUAUCAGACCAGGAGAUGGAUUUAGUCGACAGAGCCGGUGUGGGCAAAGACAAGUGCCUGAGAGCAUCUGGCAAAUCGCCAAGAGACAGUAGCAGGAAAAACAAUGCCAUCAGUGUUAAAAACAGCCCAGAUUCACAGCGGGCAAUCCGUUACCCGGUGGGUGUUUAUGGGGCGCAGGGAUCGCCAAAAGCGGAGAGUGUCCUGCCGGCGAGGCGCGGUGCUAAAAUUAUGAAUAAUGUCUGUCAAUCAUCAGAAUCUCUGGCAAAGUCCCAGGAGAGAUUCCCUCAGCGAUGCUAUGACAGCUCUCUCUCUGACACACCUGUGCAAGACAACGGGGUCAUUAUGCGCAACAGGCGAUGGCUGGAGGAGGGGAACGUCAGACAUGCCGAGCCGCGUCAGAUUCAGCGUGUUACAGACAUCAACUGUGCUUCGUCCGGACAUUCAUCGCUGCUGUACCGAGGAAAAGGCGAGGGUCACUCCAACACUGUACUGUCAUCUGUUGGCACCGCUGCUGUCACCACUAAAUGUAACAUAGCUCUUCCCAGGGAGAAUAACUCUGAUGAAGAUGAAAUUAACAUUACAAGUGAUGAUGACAUAGACAUGUAUGAUAGCAAAAAAGGCUCAACAACCCAGCUUAGACCUGCCAGAGACCCGUCCGCAAGAAAGAGUGCCCAGUCGCACCACAUUGAGGAGUGUGUUUGCUAUAUUUGUGGCACUGGGCUCAGACAUGACGACUGUUUUAAAGUCAGUGUUCAGAAACAAGAGAGGGCACAAGGCGAGCCCUUCUUUCCCUUCCUGUGUCUUCACUCCCCUCCCCAGGGUGCAGUGCCUAUCAGUCCAACAGGUACAAUCCUGGUGUGUGGCAGCUGCCACACCUCCCUCAUGCAGCAGUGGCAGAGCUUCCAGCUUGCGGAUGUGCCUGUCCUCCAGCGCCUGUAUGUAGUCCCCCUCAACCAGGCCACCAGUUCUCUCCAUCCUUCCCAGCUAACUUCCCAGAAGGGGAAACCCCCAGAGUCCAUGGAGUGCAUAACUGAAUCCAGGGCUUCCCACGAGGCCUGUUUCCUUUGUGGUCAGGAGUGUGGAGGAGAUAUGAGAGUAGCAUAUGCACAGGCUGGUGUUGGUAAAUCCCGUGGUGUGAUGUAUUUUCCCUUCAUCAACAUGUUGCCUUGCCCACCUAACGCCCAGGGGGUGAGGAAUGGCCGCGUACACUGCUGCCCACAGUGCUAUUUUAUCCUGGAGGAGAUCUGGGGUGCCUAUCGACUCAGUCUUAGUGAAGACCUUAUCACCUCUGUCAGCUCCUUCCUGGUCAGGUACCACGCUGCCAUUGCCAUUGAGGGGUCUGGACCAGCCCAUUCCCUGACAGGUGUGGCCUCUCUGCCCGGCAGCUCCAUGACAGUGUGUUACCUGUGUGGAGCUGAGCUGUGUUCAGGUGGAGAGUACCAGCUUCAUGUCAACCCGCCUGGGCGUUGUGGGGAGAGGGAGCCUUUCUUCCCCUUUCUCACCGUCCACCCUCCGGCUCCCCGUGCCAAGCCAGUCGAUGCCACAGGCCUGGUAUCAGCUUGUAACCUCUGCUACCAUGACCUACACACCCAGUGGGCCCAACAUGAGAGAAAGGGCCUGGGUCCCUCCACCCCUUCUACCUCGAGUUUAUCCAGUGCCAACCUCCAGCCACCCAGCUCCCCUUGGGCCCGCCAGUACAGCUGUGAGGCUUUUGUGUGUUUCUUCUGCAGGCAGGAGCAGCGCAGGCUAGGAAGACUGUGCGCUGUUACUGUGGCCAGGCUACCUGUGUUCCUGUUUGCACCUCGCAGCACACGCACACUCCUGGUGGAUGAUGGGAGAAGGUUGGUGAUUGGCUCAUGUGUGGAAUGUAAGGCCAUGGUGCAGGUGGGACAGAGCAUCCAGCAGGACAGGGAUAGGCUGGGACAUGGAGCCUCAGAUGGGGAGAGGAAAGAACCAGAAUCAGCCUUGCCACAGUCUAGACUUAAGGUGUCUACUGUGAUUGAGAGUGCGGCUGGAGCCAGUAAGGACUCAGGGCCUUCCCAACCUGCAGGUGACCACACUCCUUCUUACCCAGUGACCUUGGAGCCAGAGAAAGCUGACCGAGCUGAACGCCCACUUUCCAGCAUGAGCCAUGAGCCAAAGUCACCAUCGUUAGGAAUGAUCUCCACGGCGACCCGUACCACGGCGACGGUCAGCCCCCUCACCCCGUCGCCUCUCAACGGCUCCAUCGUAGCCAAUGGAAGCCCAGCUACCCAGUCUGCUCACUCUGGAUUUGCUGCAGCCCUCCGUAAACUGGCGAAACAGGCAGAAGAACCUCGAGCUGCAUCCUCCAUCAGCAGUGAGUCCUCUCCAGUGUCCUCCCCAGCCACCAACCACAGCUCUCCAGUCAGUACACCCAAGAGGGGUCCCCUCGGUCCAGGCCCCGUCUUGAUUCCCCCAGCGGGCCACAGCGUGCCAAACACUCCACCUGUAGUCACCAUUGCUCCAACAAAGACUAGCAACGGCCUCUGGAGGAACGAGGGACGGCAGGCUGACUCGGGGCCUCGUGGGGCCAGCAGGGAACGUCUGGGUGCAGAGGGUACCCUCCCCCAGGAAAAGGGUGGCCCCUCAGUCCCUGCCCACCUCCUGGGAAACCCCUAUGCCUUUGGUCUCACCCCGGGUGCUGUCAUGCAGGAUUCACGUUUCCAGCCCCUCAAUCUACCCAGACAGUUACCGAAUGCAGUGCCCCCAGGUCAUGUACCAGAAGAGUACCUCCGUGGUUUUCGGCCCUAUGCCACGACUGAAGAUGCACUCCGCAUGAAUUCUUUGCCCUUGGGCCUAGACCCUGCAACUGCAGCUGCUGCAGCUGCCUACUACCACCCCAGCUACCUGCCCCACCCUUCCUUCACGCCAUACAGGAUGGAUGACCCAUUCUGCCUCUCUGCUUUGAGGUCACCUUUCUAUCAGCUGCCAGCAGGGGGAGCUUUACCCCCCAUCCAUCCCUCUGCUGUUCACAUGCACCUACCAGGGGUCCGCUACCCUGGAGACUUCACACACCCUUCACUGUCAGCACUGCAGUCUGAGAGGCUUCAGCUGGAGGAUGAGCUGCGGCAGAGAGAAAGGGAGCGCGAACGAGAACGUGAGCGUGAAAAAGAGAGAGAGCGUGAGGUGGAGAGAGAAAAGGAGCGGGAGAGAGAACGAGAGCGGGAGCGAGAGCGGGAGAAGGAGCUGGAGAGGGAGAGAGAGCGCGAGCGAGAAAGAGAGCGGGAGAGAGAACGGGAAAAGGAGAGAGAAAGAGAGAAGGAAUUGGAGAGGCAGAAGGAGAGAGCACUGAGGGAGAAGGAGCUGCAGGCAUCCAAGGCCAUGGAGAGCCACUAUCUGGCUGAGCUUCAUGCCAUGAGGGGGCAGGAGGACCGAACCAAGCCUGAGAGACUCACCCCUAAUCGGGCUGAUAAAACCAAAGAGCCCGCCCCUCCAGCUCCCAAACCAGUCCCGCCAGGACUUCACUCUUCAAUGGUCCAGUCACAUCAUCCCGUCCCUGGUCUAAUCUCAGGCCAUGGCCUCUACAUGGGGCCCAGCGGUGUAGGGACGGGCCUCUCGGCCUCAAUGCUCGCUCAGAGGACCAAUGAGGAGGAGAGGUGGUUGGCGCGACAACGCAAGCUGCGGCAGGAGAAAGAGGAUCGUCAGUACCAGGUGUCUGAAUUCCGCCAGCAGGUUCUGGAGCAGCACCUGGACUUGGGCCGGCCAGGUGACACACCAGAUCACAGGACAGACUCUCACAGAUCCAUACCAAAUCACCAUGAACCAGGAAGCCGGGACCUCCACUCUCACUUAGGCGCCCCUCCACCACUCAUCUCCCCUAAACCUCCUCAGCCACCACGUGAACACCACCCUCCGCCUCCCACCACCCUGUGGAACCCUGCAUCUCUUAUUGAAACAGCCUCAGAGUCCAGACGUAACCACGAGCCCUCAGGGAUGGGACACUAUGAGCUCAAUUGGCUGCCCCCAGGGCCCUCCAAAUAUGAGGAUGGAGCACGAAGGAGAGAAGGGGGUGCAAUGGAGAAGUACCCCCCACUGAGAGGUCCUCCAGGCCUGCCCGAGCCCAGCACAUUCCUUGCUGAUCUGGAGAAAUCCACCCAGUCCUUCUUCAGCCAGCAAAGGGCAUCACUGUCCCUGUCCAGCCAGUAUGAAUUGGAGGGAGCCGUGAAAAGCAAUGCUGGACUAAAGAGCCUCCAAGGACAACCGGGGCACAGUAGACAAGGACAAGGGCUAGAAAUGGUCGCUGGGCCGGGGAUGGGACAGGUAGCCACACUGGGGAUGGGUCCAGACACAGUGCUGAUCUAUGAUGCAUUCCUUCAGCAGCACCGAAGGCCUGUCAGCAAGCUGGACCUGGAGGAGAAGAGGAGAAGGGAGGCUAGAGAGAAAGGUUACUACUAUGAGCUGGAUGAUUCAUAUGAUGAGAGUGAUGAGGAGGAGGUGAGAGCCCAUCUCAGGAGAGUAGCAGAGCAGCCCCCACUCAAACUGGAUGACUCCACAGAGAAAUUGGAUUUCCUGGGAGUGUUUGGCUUGACCACAGUGAGCCGGCGAGAUGAGCUGGUGCAGCAGAAGAGAAGGAAGAGGAGGAGGAUGCUCAGGGAGCGCAGCCCCUCACCACCUGUCUCGCACUCGAAACGCACUCCUCCUCCUCCUCCCCAACUCAGCACUCGCUUCACGCCUGAGGAGAUGGACCGAGCACCAGAGCUAGAGGAUAAGAAGCGGUUCCUCACCAUGUUCAGACUGUCCCAUGUCACUAUACAGCAGAGGAGAGAUAAUGAAAGGGUGGUGGAGCUGCUUCAGGCCAUUAAGGAAAAGAGCGUAACCUUGGAUACCAUCAGACAUGCCCCUCAUUCGCUGUGUAAGAGCCCUUCAGCCCAGAUCUCUGAUUCUGCAAUUGCCCAGCCUCCCUCUGAAUCAGAAGACCACCACAGUGUCAGACCACAGAGCCCCCCCUCACAUUGCCCAGUGUCCCCCAAUGGCCAUCCAAAACCCCUUGGGGACACAUUAAGACCAAAGGAACCCCCUUCUCCAGCUGUCUAUCCAGACAAGGCCCGGGGGCCCAGUGAGGGACCGAUCUCUAAGAGGAGCUCCAGCCUGCUGAACAGCUUGCGGCCCCCACACCCCCUGCAGGCUAAAGAGGGCCUUCACAGCGUCAAUGGACGCACCAAACCCUGGGACAGCUUCACUCCGGAGGAAUUUGCCCAGCAGUUCCACGAAUCUGUGCUUCAGUCCACUCAGAAGGCUCUGCAGAAACACAAAGGUGGAGCCACGGGGAUGUCGGAGUCGUCCCACCUCCAGGAGUCGUCUGUUCACUACAACAUUCCAGAGCUUCAGAGCGCCCCUGGCCGGCCACCACAGCCGCAUUCACAAUCUCACUCAAAUGCACAUUCAUUUCCCCAUCAGCUCUCACACUCACACCCUCAGCCCAAUGGGCAGCACUUCUCUGUAGCCCUACACCGGGAGGCCUCAGGGACGAGGGAGGACCAGUCUGGUCCAGAGGACUCUGAGGAAGAAGAGGACGAGGAAGAAGAGGAGGCUCCUGCUUCCAAGUGGCAGGGGAUUGAAUCUAUAUUUGAAGCUUAUCAGGAAUAUGUUGAAGAGCAAAGUUUGGAGCGACAUGUGUUGCAGAACCAGUGUCGAAGACUAGAAGCUCAGAACUACAACCUCAGUCUAACUGCUGAGCAGCUGUCUCAUAGUAUGGGGGAGCUGAUGUCCCAGAGACAGAAGCUGGCAGUGGAAAGGGAGAAGCUACAAGCAGAGCUGGAGCACUUCAGGAAGUGUUUGACGCUGCCACAGACACACUGGCCGAGAGGCGGCCAUUACAAGGGCUACCCUCCCAGGUGACCCCAACACGCUGACCAUAUGGCCCCCAGGCUCCCAGGCCCCCGGCCGCCUCCCCUUUCAGACUGACAUACCAGAGUUUAUUUUUCAUGGCCUGCUCCACAUGGCUCCAUGGAGGAGAAUAUGACUGGCUAGAUAAGAUGAAUGAAUGAAUGAAUGAAUGAAUGGAGUGAAUGGAGUGAAUGGAUAGAUGGAUGAUACAGGACCACACAGUGAAGGACAGGCAGUCUUUGGAUUGUGGCCGGCCAGGGACUGUGCCACGAACCACUAACGCGUGCCAAUGUAGCCAACCCCGAGAUGAGCGAGAUUAUGGGGCAGGAGUACCUGAAGAUCAACACACACACAUGCACCUGCUUUUCACACAGUCUUCAGUCCCUGCUGCUCUAUUGUUCAGUCCCUGCAUCCCUCACCGCCACAGCUAAACAGACAAUCCUGCCAAUGAGGGAGCAGCUACCCCAGGAGGGGUGUCAUCAAGAGACUUGAACGCUCCAAAGGCUUCUGGCCAGUUGGGACUGAUUUUAUCACAGUGGCCACAUGAGCUUUUGAACUGGAAAUGCACUUAAGAAUAAAAGCUGAAGAACUACCUGGUGGUACUGUGUUACAACAAAGAACUGUUCAAAUUAGGGAAGAACUUAGAAAAUGCACAUUUUUGGAAAGAAUUAAGGAAAUGUUUUAUUUCGAAAUAGAAAAUUUGAGAAUAAGAAUUUUAAAAGGUGCUUCAGCCUUGUAUUGUACAUAAUAUGAAGACUUAAAAGAAUUUUGUAUGUUUUUAUUACUUUAAUCAUUGUUCUUUUAAAAGAAAAAGCCUGCCAUUUUUAUAUGUUUAUGCUUUUUUGGGUUGGAAAAGAAAGCCUUGCUUUUAGUGUUUGUACUGCUGCUGGCCAGAACAGCUCAUUUUGAGACAUUUAAAAGAGUGAGAGAGAACAGGAUACACUCCUCCUCUUACUCUCUCCUGGCACCUAGCCACAGCCACCUCAUCUGGCGUCUGAGCUCAGCAAAGCUUACUUUCGUGAGAGAGGUCGUAAGACAUGGCUCCUGCCCUCUCAUCCCCCUCCCUUCACAGCAACAUGUGUCUCUCUGUUUUAAUGCCCAUUUCAACACACUGCUGCUGGCAUGACUAGUUAACUUGUGAUAUUCUCAUACAGAAACCAGUUGAGACCCACAGUGACAUAAUUAGUUUUUUUGUUGUUUUUUUUUUUUUUUACAUUGGUCACUUGACGUACUUGAUUAUUUUGUAAAGACAUGAAGAGUCUCUUAGGCAGCCAGCUGAUGAAACUGGCUCUUGAUGCUUUAUUCUAUCAUUGGACCUUUCACUUCGCUUUGUAUGACAUUAAUAUAGCAUUGGACUCAAACAAUGACGGUUUGCAUAAUGUUAUGCCUUACAAGAUCAAGCCCUUAUCAGCAGCCAUGAGAAGACCUAGUGCCAAAAUGAAAAAUGGUAGCAUUUUGGAUUCUUAAUUUUAAGCUGAGUUGCAAAACAACAAAAACAUUCAAACCAGAAUGGCCAUCUUCCACUGCUGAAUACCUUUGGCCCCAACUCACGUCCUUACUGCAUUUAGGACCCUUACUAUCCAAAGUUGCCAACAUGUUAUAAAUAACAGACUGGAAAUCACACAAAAAGUAGAUUCAAACUGGGCAUUUCCUAGUACAUAUAAAAUCAGAUAGGUUUGAUUUACCUGGCCUCAUACCUGUUUACAACCUCUGCCUGCCCUUCAUCCUCCUUGUCAGCUCCACCCUGAGAUUCAGCCACAUGUUUAACACUGACUUUCUACCCUGUAACUCGUGUUGCCUCAACCUUAUGGUCGCAUGUGCGAUUGGAGACCCCAAUGACCAUCUACGAGGUGUAUAGAUCAUUGUUUUGAAUUUAAGGAGUUUUACCCCAGCUGCACAAGUUAUGGUGGUGGAAUGGUUGGUGUGAAAAGGGUGGGGGAUUUCAGUAUUUUAAAGUAAAAAAUUUAAUAAACUUGUGAAUAAAAUGUGCAUAAAGUUAAUUUAUAAAAAAGGACUGAAGCACAACUACCCCAUACAUACAGUAUAUUAAUUACAAGUGCCUCAAGAAUUUGGGAGCAUGUGAAUGAGUUGCAGUCCAUAUGACGGAAAUUCUACACAUAACAUCAGUGAUCAGGGACUUUACAUUUUACAUUGAAGCAUCUACUGUAUGUCUUACACCUUUCAAAUAUGUCCAUGUCAAGAACAGACACAGAAUUCCUUUAUCUAAAUGCAUCUCAGAGAAUCAAUUUAAUCAUGUGACCUUUUUCUAAAUGAGGCCCAAGCCAGUUCAGAGGAUCAAGUGGAUACAGAGUGUAGUCUGUCAUAUUUACAGAGCAGAAGAGAGCCAAGAGCGCAGCCUAUCAGUUAAUGAGGGAGUACGCAUGCUGAGGUAAGCUGCCAAUGACCUGGGGAGGAAGGUGCAGUACAGUGAGCCCCUUACCCAGCCUCCCAGUCUCCAACCCACGCACGCCCAUGCAAUAGCCCCAUUACUCAGUGGAGGAUGUCUAGAUGCUGUGAAAUCCUGUUUUUAAAAUGUACUUGUUUGAAUUCAUUGUAAUGUAAUAUAUUAUUUGUUGAAUGUAGUAAUUAGGUAUUUAUGAAUAUAUGGCUGUGAUUUCAGACAAAAAAGAAAAUAAAAUAUUUCAAAAAUGUUAAAUAUCAA